GUUUCUUGCCGAGGCGGACAAUCGGUGCCGAUAGCCGACAAUAUUGCUUACCCUGUGUCCAGAGCAAACUUCGCUAUCGCUCGCUUGUUUCGCUCCAUGCCUUCCCUGUUUGGGACGUUGGUGCGAAAGGGCAAAACUUUAUCAGGAUCGAAACCGUAUUAACCAUUAAACAAUUGGGCCCUAUUGCGUGCAUUCUUUCACCGAAUACUGAUCUGCCCCACGCCGAUGUGUGUGCAGUACGCGCGAUAUAUGCUGUGUUUAGCGUGUGGCCAUUCGCAUUAGUGUAGCCGUGUGUUUAGUGUGUCACGUUCCAUCGUCGGAUGCAGAGCGAAACGCAUCAACAGUUUGUGCGGACAUUGCGGAAGUGUAUGCAACCAAAAAUAGCAACGUAAACGAUCGAUUUCGGACGCGAUCGCCCACUCGGUCUGGAGUCGAAAUUUGCGAACACACGGUGGCCAUUUUUCCAUUGCCCUUUUCGUGUGGUGUAAGUGUCAAGAAGAACUACUACUACUGGUAGUAUUAGUAGUAGUACGUUUCUAGCGCAUUAUCACGUGCCUGCAGUGCCUUUUGCGUUAUCGUGUCCCUUUGUUUAGGUUUGUUGUAGGUGUUUCUAUUCUCAUUACGCACAAGUUGCGCAUGUACGCAGACCCGGAAAUAUGCCUUCCUACUUGCUGAUGAGUUUAGUGGUUCUGGUGUGCUGUAGUGCACCGAUCUGUCCGGCCGAUACGAUACCAAUUUUCCCAUCGGAUAGACUGUCCAUCGCCGAAGGCGGAGGUUUUCUCGUCUUUCUAAACCCGAACGGUGGAACCGAAUUGCGGAAAGCCGCGGUAACCGUUGGCCACUGGAUUCAUUGCUCCGUGUCAGUGAACAAUGUGCAGUACAGCUUGGACAGUGAUCAGAUACAUCGGAUCGGUGAAAAAACUACCGUCGAGCGGUACGACACGGAACGGUGUGGCAUACGGGUGAAGAACCUGCAAAAACCGCUCGAAACCCACUGGACUUUGUAUGGCACCGAUCAAGAUGGUGGCGACCGAACAGGUGUUCUCGAAGUGACCGUUUUGUCAUUAAAGUUUAUCGAUGAGCUAAAUGUUACCGUAAGUGGAACCAGUUCAAUGGCGACUGUUAACUGUCCGGAUAGGGAUAGUUCCAGGUACUGUCGUAUCGUCGAUGCGGAACAAGCAGUGUACGAAUCCUGCUCCAAAUCGUUCGAUCUUACGCAGCAGAUCAGCCACUUCUGGUGCCACGUAAUGUUCUGGGGCGCAAUGACGGAAAGGAUCACAAAGAUUAAUCUGUUCGUGGAUGAAGAUGAUCGCGACGUUAAGACAACGGUGGAGGAAACGGAGGACCAUAUUGUGCUGUCUUGCCAGUACCGCUCGUCGGUUUCGCUGUGCCGCGCCUUAUCGGAAACAGAUAAUCGCCAGUACUUGUUGCUUGAUGGUCAGCUCACCGGCCGCUACUCGGCGUACAAUACGAAAAUUUCGAAAGGACUCUGUUCGUUGGAAAUCAAAAAACCGCUUGCACCGGCGGACGUUGGCGUGUGGCGCAUCUUUCAACAGCUAAACCCAUCCGACUACACCGGGUGUGUGUUUGACGUUAAGGGUAGACGGUUCUCCAGAGGACGUACCGUCCGUACGCGCAGUUCCCCCGUUAAAAGCAGCCGACUGGAGCUGGCAGCAACCAACAUUGAAAUUUUCCAUGAUCCUCGCUCGUCUACCACUACGGUGCAGGAGCUGUCCUGCGAGGUACCGUACGCCCUCGACUACUGCUACCUUUCCGGGCCGAAAGGCAGCGAUUAUACACCGCAACGGUUUGAUCGCUUCAAAUCGCUCGGUAUCUGUCGGUUUGAGGUUACCAACAUUACGAGCGGCAUGUGGGCUUGCGGCAUUAACGAUCUCGAUGGUGCGGAAGAUCAUCUCACGUACUACAACGUGAGUGUGUUUCAGCAACCGGGGAAACCCGUUACCGGCCAGCUAACUGCCAGCACAGGUGAUCGCGAACAGCGACUGCUCUGUCGCACGAUACUAGACCUCCCGAUCGAUAUCUGCCGGUUUGUCGCACCGUCCGGAGAGGUGCACGGUGUGUCGAACCAGAUGAAACCAUCGGCUGACGCACGGUACAGGUACUACGGGCAGGGAUUGCGCGAGGGUGAAUGUGGGCUGGUGAUAACGGAGCUGCGGGAAAAGGACAUUGGCUGGUGGAAGUGUUUGUUCAAGGUGCACGGACGGGAGUACGAAAUAGCGAUGGAGAUUGUUGAAGAAGCUAUGAGUGUCGGUGUGAUAAUAGGGAUCAGUAUUGCGGCCACUGUAGUGCUUGGUAUCAUCGGAGUCUUCGCCUAUCGGAAGCUGAAUCAACGUUACACCGGACCAUCCUAUACUGUUUCGUCUAGCAUGACGAACGUAUCGAAUGGUUCGCAUCAGUCUUGAAUGAAAAAGGACAAACAAAUCCCGGUGUCGCGUGUUGUACUGAGUUUGUCUGAGUGCGUGUUCUUGUUUUUGUGUGUCCAAUGUUCUUUCUUCGAGUCGAACCAAAUAAAUGUUUUGCUUACAGAGCAUUGUAGACCUCUCCAAACAUUCACGACUAAAG